CGGGGAAGGAGAUUGAGGAGAAAGCACCUAAAUAGUCUGAAUCCAUAUAAACUUUCCAAAACACAGCAAGACAAUAUACAAUCAAAAUUUCAAAGUCUCCUUUGUUAUAUUUAUUUUCUUCAGAAUAUAUUUGUUUUCUCUCUCCUCUUCCUCCAUCAAAUCCACGAUUAAUAUAAACUGCAGACAAUUCAAUACCAUCACCAAAGUCUAAAGGUACAUACAAUAUUACGCCUGGUAGGUGUGACUUUUGGGUCAAAAUCUAAUGGCCUCUGUAGUAUCCCCUCAGUGGCAGGACAAGGCCAGUGGAUUUUUCUCUGCUUCAGGUGUUAAGCUUAAGGAAGCAGGGAACCAGGCUGGCUCUUUUGCCAAGGAUGCAAAAGAGAAUGUGGUUGAUGUGGCUGAACGAGUUGGGUCUGUAUUCAAAAGUAAAUGGUCACUUUUUCAACAACCCUCUACAAAGCAUGCUGUGCAGGAGCGGUUUCUUUCAGCUGCUGCUUCAACGAGCUUUUUGUUAAGGAAAGGAUUCUCAGAGACUAAAGACAAAGUUGUUGUUGGAAAGACAAGAGUUGAGGAGGUGGCAAAGAAAACUGCGCAGAAAAGCAAAAAUAUUUUAUCAGAUAUUGAAAGGUGGCAGAAGGGUGUUGCAAGCAGUGACGUAUUUGGAGUUGCAUUAGAGAUUACUGUGCAGCAGCAGCAAUCAAGCAGGCCUGUCCCGCAGAUUCUAGUUAGAUGUGCAGAUCAUCUCAUAGCAUCAGGGCUCAGCUCACCUUACUUGUUCAAGUUAGAGGGAGACAAGAAAGCUGUUCAGCAACUUGUUUCAUUGUACAACCAAGAUCCCGAUGCUGUGCCUCCAGAAAACACAAAUCCACUUGACAGUGCUGUCCUAAUUAAAUGCUACCUUGCUAGUCUACCUGAGCCACUAACCACAUUCGAGCUGUAUGAUGAGAUUCGAAGCGCUCGAUCGGGCAUCAACGUAAUUAGGAAUGUGUUGAAGAGGCUUCCUACUGUAAAUUACAUGACACUGGAGUUUAUUACUGCACUCCUGCUUCGUGUUAAUCAGAAGUCGGUUCUCAACAAGAUGGAUGCUCAAAGUCUUUCAGAGGAGAUGGCGCCUCUUAUUAUCUGGCAGCAGGGAAGGAGGCCUGAAGUCUAUAGGCAGUUCUGGCAUCAUGAGUCUAUAGCUCUCACAAGAAAGACAAGUAAUUUGCCCCCUAGGCCCCCUACUUAUGGCUCAUGGGACAUGCUUGAAGAGAGUGACGAUGAAGAUGUUUCAUCCCCGAUUCCCUUGGAUGAUGGCUUGCCAAUUGACUAUGCCGCAGUUGAGGUCAUCCGAUGCCUAAUAGAGCAUCACAACUCGAUUUUUGGUGAUGACAACGAGACUGUCUGGAGAUGAUAUGCGUCCAAAGAUGUUGAAGUCCGCAUAAAUAGUAUCUAGCUCUUGCUUCUUUCAGGGUAUAUACUAGGGUGAUGCAGUCUCUGUUCUGCUUCUUCGAGGGAAUGACGAGGCUGGUUUGAGUUUAGAAGAUUGGUUAGUUGUAAAUAUUUAGAAGUACGUGUGUUCCAUCUUUUGUUUUUGUGUGUCUUCUUUCCUUUGCCCUGCCCUCUUGUUCAUUCUCUCUAUGAAGAUGGUUUUGAUGGUGCCUAAGAUGUCAUUUUCUCAUCUUAUUUUUUUGUUAAUAAGGGUCGCUUGUAUCUCAUUUCAUUUAAGACAAAACUCUUGAAGCAUUUUAAGGUGUUAAUGACAUGGUUCAUGCUUCACCUAAUUUUAUUUUUGAA